AUGCAUUAUUGUAUGUGCAUUUUGUCAUUUUUUGCAUCAUCAGCCAUUAGUUACAAUGUUGAUGAUUACAAUAUUCGUGGAACUAUUACUCCCGGAUGGGAUUUUGCUCUGGAUCUGUUCAAAGAUAAUUUCAUACAAGAUCGAGAUUUGGGUGCAUCAGUAGCAGUAUAUCAUCAAGGUCAAUUGGCCUUUGAAUUAUGGGGUGGUUGGUUUGAUCAAUCAAAAAUAAAACCUUAUGAUAACAAUACAUUGCAGGUGGUCUUUUCAUCAACGAAAGGACUAGUGGCUACGGCAGUUGCGCUUGCUGCUCAACAUGGUCAUAUCGAUUAUUCGGCAUUCGUCACUCGUUAUUGGCCAGAAUAUGGACAAAAUGGUAAAGAGAAUACGACAGUGGCAGAUAUUCUCUCACACCGUGCUGGACUACCAGACAUUUCAUCACCAUUAGAGCAAUAUCUGAACUGGACAACAAUGAUCGAAGAAUUAGAACAAAAAGCACCGGCGUGGCCACCAGGAUCAGCCCACGGUUAUCAUGCAUUAACUUAUGGUUGGCUUGCCGGAGAACUGGUAAGACGUGUCGAUCCAAAGAAAAGAUCGUUGGGACAGUUUAUUCAAGAAGAAAUUUCGAAUCCAAUAAUGUUAGAAUUCUAUAUUGGUCUAUCAAGUGAGCAUGAACAUCGGGUAUCACCAGUGGAAUUGAGUCGAAGUUCGAGAGAAACGCUGAAUGAAUCGACUAUCACUCUUUUGAAUCUGUUCAAUGAACCUCGUGCACAUCAAGCAGAAAUACCAGCUGGAAAUGGAAUUACCAAUGCUCGGUCAUUAGCGAGACUUUAUGCAUCAUUAAUCAGUGAUAUAGAUGAUGGCAAAUACAAGCGACUAUUAAAUGAAAAUAUUCUAGAACUAGUAACGAAAUCGAACACACCCAAAAAUGAGACCGAUCUUGUAUUUCAAAUACCUACAACAUUUGCAAUGGGUUUUACACUUUUUGAUGAUAUUUUUCCAGAAUUCGGACCAGGCAGUUUUGGUCACACGGGUAGAGCUGGUGGUAGUAUUGGUUUUGCUGUGCCAUCGAAAAAUUUCUCAUUUGCCUUUGUUAUGAAUCGACUUGAUACAACUACAGUAUACGUAGAUGUUCGCAUAAAAUCCAUUCUGGCUAAAAUUGCAGCAUUGAUUAAUAAAUAG